AUGAUGCGCGCCAUCAUCGCCAUCGCCACCCUCUUCGUGCCCUUCCUUGCCCACCCGUCGCUUGCCCUCGCCGGCUCCAACCCGGCGGCACACGACGAUGAUCCCGAAAGCUUCGACUUCAUCGUCGUCGGCUCCGGCCCCGGCGGCGGUCCGCUCGCCGUCAACCUCGCCGAGGCCGGCUAUUCCGUCUUGCUCCUCGAGGCAGGUCGCAACCGCACGGACAAGGUGUCGCAGCAGAUACCGGCCUACUUUGGCGCCGCGCAGUUUGACGAGGAGCAAGUCUGGUCCUUCUACGUCAAACACUACACCAACGAGACCCAGGCGGCGAGGGACAGCAAGAUGGUGUGGACGAAGCCCGACGGCGCGUACUACGUCGGCAAGACACCCCCGAGAGGAUCCCGCCAGCUCGGCAUCUGGUACCCUCGGGCCGGCACCUUUGGAGGCUGCGACACCCACAACGGCGGCGUCACCGUAUACCCGUCCGAGUGGGACUGGGACAACAUCGCCAACGUGACGGGCGACGACAGCUGGCGCCACCGUCCCAUGCGAAGGUACUUUGAGAAGAUGGAGAGGAACCUCGUCACGCCGUCGGCCACCCCCGGACACGGAUACGUCGGAUACCAGCCCGUCCGGCUCGGGGACAGGUCAAACUUCGAAAAGGACCCUCAGAUGGUCGCCGUCGCGCAGGGGACGUCGGCCGCGUUCGGAUUCGACGAGCGAAGCAGGAGCAGUGACUGGGACGUCCUUCUCCACAGGGACUCCAAUGGCGCCGUCGAGGGGCGUGAUUUCCAAAACGAUGCCUACCAGAUCUCCUUCAAGAUGGACGAGCGCGGCCGGCGAUACAGCGCGGCAAACAGGGUCAGCGACGCCGUCGGCAGGCGCCUGCCCCUCACCGUCCGAUUCGACAGCCUCGUCACCAAGAUCGUCGUCGACCGACACCGCCGCGCCACGGGCGUCGAGUACCUCGAAGGCGAGAUGCUCUACGGCGCAGACCCGCGCACGCAGAGGAGAAACGCGACUCGCCGUGCGGGCGUGCCCAGGGCAGCCGCGGCCAAGCACGAAGUCAUCGUCGCCGGCGGCACCUUCAACACGCCGCAGAUGCUCAUGCUCAGCGGCAUCGGACCGGGCGAGCACCUCCGACAGUUGGGCAUCCCCGUCAUCGCCGACCUGCCCGGUGUCGGCAGGAACCUUCAGGACCACUACGAAGUGCCCGUCAUCCAGGAGUUCCCCCGCAACUUCACCCUCUUCGACGGCUGCGACGAGACGGCCGAGGGCUCCUUGCCUUGCUUCGAGCGCUGGGCGGCCAACGGGACGGGGCCGUACGCGACCCUCGGCUUCACCCACGUCGCCCUCGUCACGUCGAGCGUCGCGCCCCGUCGAGAGCGGGACUUGAUCCUCUACGGGUCGCCCGAUGCCAUCCGCGGCCACCUGCCGCCCUACACAAACUUCUCCGACUUCAAGACGGGCUCCAACAAGUUUGCCUUGACCGUCUCCGAGUCGCACUCGCGCAACCGGGCGGGGCGCGUCACCCUCGCAUCGGCCGAUGCUCGCGACAUGCCCGACAUCAAUUUCGAGUACUUUGCCGACGGCGGCGACGACGACAUCCAGGGCUUGGUCGACGGCGUCACCUUUGCUCGUCGCAUCUUCGACUCCGUGCCAGGGUCAAAGGUGGGCAACCGGGAAUGGUUCCCCGGCCGGACCGUGAGCUCGCCCGAGAGCCUCAGGCAGUACGUCAAGGAUGAGGCCUACGGCCAUCACCCGACGGGAACGGCGUCGAUUGGACGGGACGGCGAUCCCAUGGCUGUGCUCGAUUCCCGCUUCCGCGUUCGGGGCAUCAGGGGACUGCGCGUUGUCGACGCCUCCGUCUUUCCCGUCGUGCCGGGUACCUUUCCGCUGAUUGCUGUCUUCAUGAUCAGCGAGAAGGCGAGCGAAGUCAUUCUGCACGAUGCCAAGCAACAGUGCGCUUAG